UACGGACUUGUGUGUUGAGGGUGUUUCAAACGAGGAAGCGGUCUCGCCCAUUCACGCCACUCAGAGUUGGACGAAACCGCCGAGUGAAGAAGAUAAUGACGAUGCCGAACUUGCCCUUUUGAAUACAGACAGCCUAAGAGCGCGAUUGAAGGAGGCCAUGAGCAGAAUCUGCGAACUUGAGAAUGCCAAGACAGAGUUGAGUGUGCGCCUUCGUGAGCUGGAAGGCGUGAUGAUGUGUGAGGACAAGCCGAUGGAUGUGAUGCCUCUUAGUUCUCGUGUGCCUGACCGGUCGAUGAAAGUGACGGACGAAGCUGAUGCACUAUCGAAGCACAACAAAGAGCUGAUGACAGAGGUAGACUUGUUACGAAGCAAGAUUUCAGAGCGCGUGACACUGUUGGACGAUGUGUGCAUGGAGAUGGAUGAGGUCAGAGGAUCACUGGGUUUCUUGUUGAAGCAGGUGAAAGAAUUGCGUGCAGCACAUGCUGAAGCGAAUGCUGACCGCGCCGACAUGGCGAACAGAAUGAGCGAGUACGAACGGGCUUCACGUCGCCUGUGCGAAACAGUUGGUCGAUCCACGUCACCAGUGCAAGACAUCGACUAUGCACACGAAGGCUUGUCGACUGACCGUUGCACAUCAGACGGGUUGCGAGAGGAUUUGCAACGUGCACUGGAUACACAAUCGUUCGAGCUGGAGGCAGUCACUGAGAAACUGAAAGAAUGUGAGUCAAUGAACAAUGCCCUGAUCUGUGAGUGUGAGUCGCUGAAGCGUCGUCUAGAGAGCUAUAUGACUGUGACCACUGACUUGGAGAAUGAUGUGACCAAGACGAAAGGACUGUUGGCGUUUGUGGUUGACCAUAUAAGAGGUCUGCGUUCCGACUAUGGAGAUUGGUGUAGAGAGCAUGAACAACAAGUGCAGGAGUGUUUAGAUGCCGUCGCAACAGGGUUGUCCCAUGGUGUGGUUGAACACGUGGACCGUGAGUGUGAGACGAUGACCUGGCCAGAACACUUGGAGUCUACUGUUAUGCUUGAUAGCUUUGUGCGACUACACGAGUCUCAUGAAGUGACGUCGAUGCAGAGAGAACAAGAUUGGGAUUCGGUAAGUGAGAUGAGCAGACUGUGUGACCGAAACCGUGAGCUGUCCGAGGAGCUCUGCAAGUGUCGAGACCUGUGUGAUAAGCAGGCGUGUGAGAUGGUGUCGAUGCAAACAGCUCUUCGUCAGGCAGUCGAACAGGCGUCAACUGCCCGAGAGGAACUGGAGGCCUAUAGACACGAGAAGGUUUGCGCAAUAUCAGAUCUGGAGGGUCGACUGUCUGCUUCUCAUGACGAGUGUUCUGCACUACGGGAUGAAGUGUGUCGGCUUGAGACAUCGAUGGAAGAGCAUUGCAACACAGUGUUGGCGAUAGCCAAUCGAGACUGGGAGUCGCGCGUAGACGAAAUUGUGAGAGAACGCAACACAGCCAUGAAAGAGUUGUUGGAACUGCGUAGUAGGUUGGAUAUGACAGACGAUGUGGACGCCAGGUUGUCAAAAGCAGUGUGCAGAAGUGACAUGGGAACUGACAUGCUAGAUCGUAUGAUUGAACAUGAUAUAGCUUUGUCAUCAGGGUUCACUAGUGAUACGCGAGAGACUGUGAGCGUGGGCGUUGGUAAAGAUGCAGAGGACGACGAGUCGAAUUGCAUGGUUGUUGACGGUUGGAGCGACUACUCCUCAGAAUGCAUACACGACGAGCACAAGCCUAGUGUGUCGGUAGGUUCUCCGACUAGACUUGUGAGUGUGGAAACUCAAGUGACAGAGAGCGUGUCUUGGUUGGCUACUGACACAUUGUCAACUUCAGGAUUUACCGACCAGUCGACCAGGAGUCCAGUGGAGAUGAAGAGAGAGAAGCUAGUGAGUUCAAGUUUGUGUGAAGAUGAGUCCAAUGUGGUUGAUGAACUGCGCGAAGAGUUGGCGUCUUGUUAUGAACAGAUAGUGAAGCUGUCUAGAUCGGUGGAGGAGAGUGAUGCUUCGUUGAUGGAUGUCCGACGUUUGUUGACUAUGAAGGAGAGUGAAGUGGCGGAUCUGAGAGAGGAGAAGCGUCAUUUACGAGACGAAGUGAAUGAGUUGAGGGAGAUUGUAGAGGCAGAACCACGUGAUUUGGACAUUAUGCGUGCAGAUGUGGAUGUGUUGGAGAGCAAGGAAGAGGUGUCGGCGAUGUGCGUGGAGAGUCGUGGACCGAACGUUGUUGCUGUGGAGGAGGAGUGUGUGCAGACGGAGAUUGACGACGACGUUUUUGACCUGGUGUCGACGCUGCAGCUCGAGGUUGCCCAUCUGCGUGAGGAAAAUGCGGCGACGUUGGCGGCUCUGGAGCGUUCACAGCUCGAGUUGACCAUGAAACAGACCGAAGUGCAGGAACUGGAGUCACGUAUCGUGGUGAACGAGACGACUUGGUCGAUUCCUUGUGAGACUGUGAGAAAGGCGUCCGAUGUGGUUGUCCGUGAGUUGGUAGAGGUUGAUGACACGGACAGAGUGGAGGCAGACGUGUUUGCUGGAUUUCCUGACAGGCAGCUGGUGGAGACUGUUGCAGGCGACUCAGUGUCAGGCAUUGUGCCUGAUCGAAUGGACAGACAAACUACGGACUUGUGUGUUGAGGGUGUUUCAAACGAGGAAGCGGUCUCGCCCAUUCACGCCACUCAGAGUUGGACGAAACCGCCGAGUGAAGAAGAUAAUGACGAUGCCGAACUUGCCCUUUUGAAUACAGACAGCCUAAGAGCGCGAUUGAAGGAGGCCAUGAGCAGAAUCUGCGAACUUGAGAAUGCCAAGACAGAGUUGAGUGUGCGCCUUCGUGAGCUGGAAGGCGUGAUGAUGUGUGAGGACAAGCCGAUGGAUGUGAUGCCUCUUAGUUCUCGUGUGCCUGACCGGUCGAUGAAAGUGACGGACGAAGCUGAUGCACUAUCGAAGCACAACAAAGAGCUGAUGACAGAGGUAGACUUGUUACGAAGCAAGAUUUCAGAGCGCGUGACACUGUUGGACGAUGUGUGCAUGGAGAUGGAUGAGGUCAGAGGAUCACUGGGUUUCUUGUUGAAGCAGGUGAAAGAAUUGCGUGCAGCACAUGCUGAAGCGAAUGCUGACCGCGCCGACAUGGCGAACAGAAUGAGCGAGUACGAACGGGCUUCACGUCGCCUGUGCGAAACAGUUGGUCGAUCCACGUCACCAGUGCAAGACAUCGACUAUGCACACGAAGGCUUGUCGACUGACCGUUGCACAUCAGACGGGUUGCGAGAGGAUUUGCAACGUGCACUGGAUACACAAUCGUUCGAGCUGGAGGCAGUCACUGAGAAACUGAAAGAAUGUGAGUCAAUGAACAAUGCCCUGAUCUGUGAGUGUGAGUCGCUGAAGCGUCGUCUAGAGAGCUAUAUGACUGUGACCACUGACUUGGAGAAUGAUGUGACCAAGACGAAAGGACUGUUGGCGUUUGUGGUUGACCAUAUAAGAGGUCUGCGUUCCGACUAUGGAGAUUGGUGUAGAGAGCAUGAACAACAAGUGCAGGAGUGUUUAGAUGCCGUCGCAACAGGGUUGUCCCAUGGUGUGGUUGAACACGUGGACCGUGAGUGUGAGACGAUGACCUGGCCAGAACACUUGGAGUCUACUGUUAUGCUUGAUAGCUUUGUGCGACUACACGAGUCUCAUGAAGUGACGUCGAUGCAGAGAGAACAAGAUUGGGAUUCAAUAAAUGAGAUGAGCAGAUUGUCUGUUCGGAAUUUGAAACCUUCUGACAUUUGCUUUUCUAGUCGUCAUUUAUCAAAUCAACUAUCUUGUUGUAAUAAUUCUUCCAUUGAAUAUGAUCAUGGAUUAUUUUUACAUGAUGAACUUUCUGAUCUAAAACAAAAUUUCUCUAAAAUUUCAAUGUCUUUAGCAUUCUCUAUUGAUUUUGUUGAAUUAUGUAUGAAAUUACUUACAAUGUUUGUGAAUUUAUUUAUAGAUUUAUCUAAAUUAUCGUUUAUCGCUUUUGAUUUUAUAUUCUGUGAAGAAUUUGUUAAUCUUUUAUCCGAUAUUAUUUCAUUUUCUAAAUCAUCUAAUUUUAUUCAUAUUUUUGGUAAUUAUUCUAAUAGUUUAACAAAUAUCAGUAAUCUUUAUGAAUUAUUAUUAUUAUCCGGUUGUUUAAAUACUUGUAGUUUAUGUAAAAUUCAAUAUGAUUAUAAUCAUAGGUUUCUAUGUAAUUUAUGUAUUCAUUGUAUUUCUUCUAUAAAAAAUCUUGAUAUUCAUCAUAACAUCAAUCUAAUGAAUAAUACCAAUGAUAAUACUGAUCAUGAUUAUAAUAUGAAUACUUCUAAAGAUUUAUUAUCUGAUCAUUAUUAUUCUAAUACAAUUUUAUCACAACAAUCAAUCAUUGAUAAAACUCAACAAAUUGAUUUUGAACAUAAAUUUAUUAUUGCUAAAUCAGAAAUCAAUCGAUUAUCUCAUUUAUUAUAUAAUAUAAGAUUAAAUCAAUAUAAUGAACAUGAAGAAGAAAAUGUACCAAAUGUACUACUGUCACAACAACAAGAAGUAGAACAACAACAACAAAAACAACAAUUAUACAAAUUGAAUCAUUCUAUAUUACAAACAGGUAAUAGUUUAUUGAAUAGAAUAAAUAUAAUCAUUACAAAAAUUGAAAUGAUUCAAACUCAUAUUAACAAUUUAAAAUAUAAUCAACAAUUGAUUAAUUUAAAAAAAAUAAAUCAUCAAUGGAAAAUCAAUAUUAAUAUGAUAUUGAAUAAUUUAUUGAUUUUAAUUAAUAAAAUCAAUAAUGAUCAUAAUAUAGCAACUACAAUCCCAACAACAACAAUAAUAACAAAAGAUAUCCUCUCAAUGACUAAUGAUAAUCUGAAUGAAUUCAAUUAUUCUAAUUAUUCUAUAAAUAUAUUAUAUCCAAAUGAAAUUAUACCAAUAUUUAAUAUAUUAAUGAAUGAUUUUCAUAAUUAUAUUAAUAGAAUAGGAAUAAUUGAAAAUCGAUAUAAUUUAUUUUAUGAUCAAUUAAAUAAACAAUGUAAUCAACUUAAUGAUGAAAUAAAUCAAUUACAAUUAUUAAUUUAUAAUCAAAUACCUAUAAUAGAUAACAUAGUUACUAAUAAUUUAGUUACUAUGUCAACUGAAGUCAAUCAUGAUAACGAUGAUAAUGAUGAUGAUAAUAAUAAUAAUAAUAAUAAUACAGAGAAUCUUCCUAUCAAUAUAGAUAUUAAAAAUAUUAUAGAAAAAAUUAAACUAUAUACAAAUCAAUUAAAUUCUAUUAAAAGACAAAUUAAACAACAAAUAGAACAAAAGAAAAUUGAACAUAACAAAACAUUAGAUGAUGAUGAUGAUGAAGAGGAAGAUAAUACUAAUGUAGAAAAUAAAGUAAUAGAAGAUAGUUACACAUUACAUUCAUAUACAUUGAAUGAAAAAGAAUUAUCUUUAAGCAAAAAUAGUGAAACAAUUGAAUGUUCAAAACAAAUCAAAUCAAUAUUUAAAGAAGUGAAUAAUAUGAAAGAUGAAAUUUUCAUGAUUAAAACAAUAAUAUUCAAUAUAAAAGAUUAUAUGAAUAAAAUAAUUGAAGAAAACUUUCAUAUUAUAGAACAAAGUUUACCAGAUGUAAGAAGAGAUAAUUAUUCUAAUGAAUUCCGUGAUACUCCUGUUAUUGAUUCUACAGAUGAAAUGAUAUCAUCUUUCAUUAAAGUACCUAUUACAAUGGAUCCGAAACAAUUAGGUGGUUCUUCUGAUGUUAGUAGAAUAGUUGAAGAACAAAGUUUACCAGAUGUAAGAAGAGAUUAUUAUUCUAAUGAAUUCCGAGAUACAGCUGUUAUUGAUUCUACAGAUGAAAUGAUAUCACUUUUAAAUGAAGUAGCUAUUACAACUGAAGUACCUAUUACAAUGGAUCCGAAACAAUCAGAUGGUUCUUCUGAUGUUAGUAGAAUAGUUGAAGAACAAAGUUUACCAGAUGUAAGAAGAGAUUAUUAUUCUAAUGAAUUUCGAGAUACAGCUGUUAUUGAUUCUACAGAUGAAAUGAUAUCAUCUUUCAUUAAAGUACCUAUUACAAUGGAUCCGAAACAAUCAGAUGGUUCUUCUGAUGUUAGUAGAAUAGUUGAAGAACAAAGUUUACCAGAUGUAAGAAGAGAUUAUUAUUUGAAUGAAUUCCGUGAUACUCCUGUUAUUGAUUCUACAGAUGAAAUGAUAUCACUUUUAAAUCAAGUACCUAUUACAACUGAAGUACCUAUUACAAUGGAUCCGAAACAAUCAGAUGGUUCUUCUGAUGUUAGUAGAAUAGUUGAAGAACAAAGUUUACCAGAUGUAAGAAGAGAUUAUUAUUUGAAUGAAUUCCGAGAUACAGCUGUUAUUGAUUCUACAGAUGAAAUGAUAUCACUUUUAAAUGAAGUAGCUAUUACAACUGAAGUACCUAUUACAAUGGAUCCGAAACAAUCAGAUGGUUCUUCUGAUGUUAGUAGAAUAGUUGAAGAACAAAGUUUACCAGAUGUAAGAAGAGAUUAUUAUUCUAAUGAAUUCCGAGAUACACCUGUUAUUGAUUCUACAGAUGAAAUGAUAUCACUUUUAAAUCAAGUACCUAUUACAACUGAAGUACCUAUUACAAUGGAUCCGAAACAAUCAGAUGGUUCUUCUGAUGUUAGUAGAAUAGUUGAAGAACAAAGUUUACCAGAUGUAAGAAGAGAUUAUUAUUUGAAUGAAUUCCGUGAUACUCCUGUUAUUGAUUCUACAGAUGAAAUGAUAUCACUUUUAAAUCAAGUACCUAUUACAACUGAAGUACCUAUUACAAUGGAUCCGAAACAAUCAGAUGGUUCUUCUGAUGUUAGUAGAAUAGUUGAAGAACAAAGUUUACCAGAUGUAAGAAGAGAUUAUUAUUUGAAUGAAUUCCGUGAUACUCCUGUUAUUGAUUCUACAGAUGAAAUGAUAUCACUUUUAAAUGAAGUAGCUAUUACAACUGAAGUACCUAUUACAAUGGAUCCGAAACAAUCAGAUGGUUCUUCUGAUGUUAGUAGAAUAGUUGAAGAACAAAGUUUACCAGAUGUAAGAAGAGAUUAUUAUUUGAAUGAAUUCCGAGAUACACCUGUUAUUGAUUCUAGAGAUGAAAUGAUAUCACUUUUAAAUCAAGUACCUAUUACAACUGAAGUACCUAUUACAAUGGAUCCGAAACAAUCAGAUGGUUCUUCUGAUGUUAGUAGAAUAGUUGAAGAACAAAGUUUACCAGAUGUAAGAACAGAUAAUUAUUUGAAUGUAUUCCGAGAUACAGCUGUUAUUGAUUCUACAGAUGAAAUGAUAUCACUUUUAAAUGAAGUAGCUAUUACAACUGAAGUACCUAUUACAAUGGAUCCGAAACAAUCAGAUGGUUCUUCUGAUGUUAGUAGAAUAGUUGAAGAACAAAGUUUACCAGAUGUAAGAAGAGAUAAUUAUUCUAAUGAAUUUCGAGAUACAGCUGUUAUUGAUUCUGCAGAUGAAAUGAUAUCAUCUUUGAAUAAAGUACCUAUUACAAUGGAUCCGAAACAAUUAGAUGGUUCUUCUGAUGUGAAUAGAAUACAAUAUACAUUAAACUAUGCUUUACGUUUAUUACAUUUACGUGAUACAGAACUAUUAUAUAUUAUCUCAAUAAUAUAUAAUAAGCUUCCAAAUGAAUCAAUCAAUCAUAUUCAAUAUAAUCUAUCAUCAUCAUCAUCUAUAUUAACUAAUCAGGUUCUUAAAGAGAAACUUAAUAAAUUCUUAUAUUGGGAAAAUAUUGAUCCAAUCGAUAUAAAUAGUAUACCAAUUCAUCGUAUUCAUUUCAAUAUGUUAGAAUCAAAAGAAUCUACUGAACAACAAAUCAAUACAAUAUCAUCUAAUUUCAAGAAUCAAUUGAAUAUAAAUGUUGAAACAAUAGAAAUAACAGAUCAAUCUACUACUGGUCAAAUAUCUUAUCAUGAAGAUAUAGAUUGGUAUGAACAACAUUUGUAUACGUUAGUUCAAAAUGCAUUGAAUGUAUUAAAUCAAAUGAAUCAACAUUUUCUUGAAUCGAAAAAACCAUUAUUAUCUGAAUACAGACAAGAAGAGUUAAUCAAUAUCUUAACAAAAUUAUUAACUAUUAUCCCAAUAAACAACAAUAUAAUACAACAACAAAUUCAAUCAUCUUUCUCAUUUUCACCAUCUUUAACAUCAUCAUUAUUAGAAGAACAUCCAGGAUGUAGUACAACUGUUACAAAUAUUAUGACAACAACAACUUCAGGAUUUACUUAUUCUAUUCAAACUCUUUCAUUUACUACAUCUACUAAUACUACUACAACAACUACAUCGUUUAAACAAUCUAAACAAAUUUCUGAAAUAUCUAAUUUAAAUUUUACAAAAAAUUUAACUUAUCCAAGACGUUCAGAAAAAACAUCAAUAAAUGAAUUAAUUAAUUCUGUGGAUCAUUUGAGAAAUUUACAUGAAUUACGCAGUUUAGCCAAAUAUCUUUUAGAUCAAUAUCAUAUUGUUACAUCUGAACUGGACCUUCAGUCUGAUACUAAUUGGUGUUUAAGACAGAGAUUAACAAAUGCAAACAGUCAAUUAAAUCGGUUAACAGGCUUGCUAAAUAAAAGUAGUCAAGGAUUAUCAUCAAUUGAAGAAGAUUUAAGCUUAGGAACAGAUAAAACUUCAUUACGUUCAGAACAUUAUGAUGGAAUACGUUAUAAAUCUCUUCAACCAACUUAUACUUUAAAUAAUUUCCAAGAAAAGAAUACAACUAGUGGUCGACGUUUAAAUUUCAUUCCUUCCUCUGAUGAACAAUUGAUUAAAUCUAGUUAUUCAUCAUCUAUUCAAACAAUGGAAAAUAAAUCAAUAUUAAAAUCCAAAUCUAAAUCUGAAAUAUCAUCAAUGACAUCAAGAAUAAGUGAUCCGGAUUAUUUUAUAACUCAUGGAAUGUAUAUUCCAAUGAGAAUAAUGCAAUCUAUUUCAUCACAAACAGUGAAACACAAAAAAAUAUCCUGUCUUCCACGGAACACUUUUAACUGUGGUCCAAUUUUAAAACGUUCAUCAAUUCGUCAACGUUCAAAUAAAUAUCCUUAUCCUUCUGAAUAUCAUGAUCAUUUAUCUACUGAUGGUACAAAUCAAUCAUUAUCUAAUAAUCUGAAAUUAUACAAUCAUUGUAUCAAUGAUAAAUCCAUUGAAAUCAUUCAUAGAACAAUAACAUCAUCAACACCGUUGUUAACAACAACAUUAACAAAUUCAUCUAAACAAUUCGAUAAUAAUAAUAAUAAUAAUAAUAAUAAUAAUAAUCCAAAGAUAAUUAGAUCACAUUGGAAUGAAUUAGAAACAAAUCAACAAAAAUUACAUAAUAUAUCAAUGUCUAUUAUAAAAGAUUCUAAACAUGAUCAAAAUCAAUCUUCAUCUAUAUCAGUUUCUUCAACAAUGAAUAAUGAUAAUGAUAUAAUAUAUAAUGAAAAACAAUCAUUAUUACAUGAAUAUAAUAAUAAUAAUAAUAAUAAUAGUAGUAAUAGUAUUCAUCAAUUACCACAGAGUUCCAUAACAACAAGAACUAUCACCCCCGCUGCAGCCAGCACUACCACCACAACAAUAACAAGUCAUUCAUCAGAAUCAUCGACAUCAUCAUCAUUUUCAUUUACAAGUUUUCAUUCACAUCCUUAUUCUAAUGAACGAAUUCCUGUAAAAUCAAGAAAAACUAAAUUUCAUUCACGUUUUCUUAAUUUAUUUAAAUCUAAUUUUAAAAAAUGAUAUAUUUUUUUUAAUCUUAUUGUUUAGUAUUCCUAUUCUUUGUUGCGGUUAUUGUUGUUGUCGUUGUUGUUGUUGUUGUCGUCGUUAUCGUUAUCGUCGCUGUCGUCGUUAUUAUUAUUAUUAUUGUUGCCAUGAAUGAACGAAGAGAAAGAAAGAAAGAAAGAAAGAAAAAAGAACAAAAUGAACAACUGCCUUCAUUAUGUUUAGUUCAUGAUAAACUGUGUGUGUGUGUGUGCGUGUGCGUGUACGUGUGUCUGUGUGUCAUUUUUCUUUUUUUUUUCUUUUCUUUUUUUCUUCUUCUUUAAAUUAUCAUACAAAUACCUGUGAUAUUCCUUGAUUGAAUGAAUUUUGUAAUGUAUUCGUUUACUCAUUCAUUCAUUCAUUCACUCACUCACUUGAUCACUUUCAUAUUGUUUUACAUAUAGAUAAACAUAUUCUAGUUUACUACAUUAUUGAUUUACUCUUAUUUUUUUUUCUCUCUCUGUUAUAAUAUACAUUGAUUCAUUGAAAAAGGGUGGUGAUUAUCUUAAAUGUGUACAGUUUUUCUUUUUUCUUUCUCAUAUCAAACAGAAUUUAUCGAUUGCCAUUGUUGUUGUUGUUGUGAUGGUGGUGGUUGUUGUUGGUGGUCGUUGUUGUUGUUGUAGUGGUGACUGAUUGUGUACUUCCUAUUAGUAUAUUGACUAUUUACUUAUUAUCAUUUUAUAAAAUGAUCAACAAUGUAUUAUGUAAUAGAUGACAGAUAUGAUAGAAUAUAAAUUUAAUAAUUUCAUGAUUCAUUAAGAUGAUUCCUUAUAAUUCUAUUUUUUUGGUUUUAUUAUUAUUUUGUUGUUGUUGCUGUUGUUGUUGUUGUUGGAGAAUAUAAACAGUUACUUAUUUCAAUGUCCCUAUAUAGAUCAGUAUCAUGUGAAUUCAUGCAUUUUUGAAUUAAUUUUUUUUCUUCUAUCCAACUCAACCUGUUUAUUAUACACAUUCUUUAUGGUUACUAUGAUAGUUACUACAUAGUUACUGUGACAAUUUCAUUUUGUUCAGCUUAUUAUGUGUGUGUGCGUGUGUGUGUGUGUGUGUUUGUUUGUUUGUUUAUAUUGCCAAAACUAUUUAUAGCGCCAUUUCUAUCAUUUUAUAAUUGAUUGAUUGUAUGAGUUGGGGGGAGAGGGGAGGGGAGAGUGUUCUAUACUUAACAGCUUCUGCUUUUAAUGAUAUAUUACAUUCAUCAUUGUUUUUUUUUUCAUUUAUUCACAUCACUUUUCAUCAUAUUUCACGACUAUAUAUAUUUUUUCUGUUUUAUUACGUUUAUUAACGAUGUUUCUUUUGUUUAUCUUUCAUUGUAUUUUGUUUGUUUAAAAACAACAUUUAUAUACAUAAAGAUUAGAAAUUACCUUGUUUCUUCUUUACUUAUCAUCAAUGUCACUUUCAACACUUCAUGGUGUUAAAGCGUGUAGCUAUGUCGUUUUUCUUUUGCAGUGCUUAGAUCAAUAUUGUAUGUGUGUGUGUAUGUGCGAGAUCUUGAUCUGUUUUUCUCAUUAGUUAACCAUUGACAUCAGAUAAUUGUUAUGUAACAGUUUUAGGCUGUGAAUAAACAUUAUUCAUCCAUUAUACAAUCUUUAUUAUUGUUGUUAAUUAUUCUUGUCAUUAUCAUUAUUAUUCAUUUCAUUUUCAUUAUUAUCAUUCGUUCAGAUUAAGUAAAUAAAUAAAUAUCUUCUGGAUAUAUUGUGUACUUUUUUUUCCAUGUUCGUCUAGCAUCAGUUGACUCAUGAUUUCAACAAUGGAAAUUAUUCAAAUCUCCACCAAACCCCUUCUGAUUCUAGUUAACAUAUGCUGAUUGGUGACUGACCUCAAGAGGUAUAUAUCCUGGAGUUCCAGUGAGAAGCAGUGACCAGUGGAGUUCAACCGAGUGCUCAGUUAUAAGAUAGUAACUCACUGAUGACAAUGGUGGAUGUGUCGCUCAAUUUCAUGGAUUAGUUGAAGUUAGACAUUAAAAUCG